CCAGUUUCAUUCUUCUUCUCUUCCACUCCUCAUCCACCUGCCAUGUCCGCAGCUGUCUUUCGUUAGCCAUGAUGCUGCUCAUCCUCAAAUCGGUCCUCACCGUGCUCGCCCUCCUGGCGACCUGUGUGCUACUACCCCAGCUGCCCCUGAGUCUUCUCCGCCUAGUUCUCCGCGGUGUCGGUUGGCUGGUCCAGAAGCGUACCCGCUCUCGCCGCGAGUACAUCAUCUCGCGCGUCCGCGCUGACGAAGAAGAACACGCUACUCGUACAAAGGCUGCCUCUGCUACCAACUCCGGUGAUGAGGAGGACUGGGAGAAGGUCGAUACCUCUAGCUCCAGCUCCGGAACCGCUGGCAUCAACCGCAAUGAAGAAUGGGAUGGCAUCAUCGGCUUCUUCCAUCCGUUCUGUAACGCAGGCGGUGGUGGUGAACGCGUUCUCUGGGAGGCCGUGAGAGCAACCCAGAAACGCUGGCCCAAGGCCAUCUGUGCCAUCUAUACCGGCGACCAUGAGGUCAACAAAGCAGCCAUGCUGGAACGGGUCCAGCACCGCUUCAAUAUCACCCUCCACUCCCCGACCGUUGUCCUCCUCUAUCUCACUACCCGCAAAUAUGUUGUUAGCAGCAUGUACCCCUACAUGACUCUUCUCGGCCAAUCCCUGGGCUCUCUCAUCGUUGCCUGGGAUGCAUUCAACCUCCUUGUUCCGGAUAUCUUCGUUGACACCAUGGGCUAUGCAUUUACCCUCGCUUUCAGCAAGCUUCUCUUCCCCUCCGUUCCAACCGCCGCCUACGUGCACUACCCGACCAUCUCCACCGACAUGCUCCAAUCCCUCGACGACCAGACCGGCCUGCAAGGCGUCAACUCCGGCGCCGGAAAGGGUCUCAAGGGCCAGAUCAAGCGGAAGUACUGGAUCGCAUUUGCCAAACUCUACGGCUGGGUAGGUGGCCACGUCGAUGUCGUCAUGUGCAACUCCUCUUGGACAUCAGCGCACAUCCGCACCAUCUGGGGUCCCUCCCGCCAAACCAACCCCCACAAAGAUCCCACCGUAAUCUUCCCACCCACUGCUGUCUCCGAACUCGAGUCCACCAUCACCGUGUCCCCAGAGACCGAACGCACUCGCCAGCCCCUCAUCCUGUACAUCGCCCAAUUCCGCCCGGAGAAGAACCACCCCUUACUCCUCCGCUCCUUCGCCCGCUUCCUCCAAGAGCGCCGCGACCAGAACGCCGACCCCGAAACCGAGCCCAAGCUCGUCCUCAUCGGUUCUGUCCGUCACGCCAGCCCCGACGAAACCCACAUCUACAACCUCCGGCUACUAGCCCAUGAACUCCGCAUCCGCGACCAAACCACCUUCAUCUGCGACGCCAGCUGGCCCACCAUCCUCGAGCACCUCGCCACGGCCUCCAUCGGCGUCAACGCCAUGUGGAACGAGCAUUUCGGCAUCUGCGUCGUCGAGUACCAAGCCGCCGGUCUGAUCAGCGUGGUCCACGACUCCGGCGGUCCCCGCGAAGACAUCGUCAUUGAUCUCGGCGAUGGCGCCACGGGUUUCCGCGCCUCCACGGAGGAGCAAUUCGCUGCUUCGUUCGAGGCGGCGCUUGCGCUUCCGGUCGAAGAGAAGGUCGCAAUGCGGCUACGCGCCAGGAAGUCUGCGUUGAGAUUCACCGAGGAAGAGUUCCAUGCUAAGUGGAUUGAGGAGAUUGGGAAAUUGGUGCGGUGAGCGUUUUAUGGUUGUAACGGAAAUCUGAUUAUCCAAUCCCAUCCCACCUCUUAUUAAAAGAGUUUAAAAAGAAAAUCAUAUCUAUUACCUGUUCCAUUAAAGGACUUGAGCUAGCUGGUCAGCUGUUGGGCGUUUCCUGCGGCAUGGGGGGUUUUAUGAAUGCAUUAUCAUCCAUCAUCC